UGUUUCCUUGUGCCGUGUCUUAUUAGCACGAAGCUUUAUACUUCUAGCAAGACGUAGCUGUACAACCGUGCUACUUGAUCAUGCGCGCACCCACCCCAGAAAACAAACGCACUUGUAAGAUAGGUCCACAUCAGCCAAAUGCCAUCCAAUAACUCACAUAAACCCCCAGAAACAAAAGAAACCCGCAAGCACUUGACACAACCAGCCUGUUAUAGAUUUCCAAUCCGGAAGGCGGUGAACGUAAACCCACUGGGCCUGACAUCACCUCGGCGAAGUGACGGACUUCCCCGAGGCCGGACAUAUCCUCCCCUCGUAACUAAUCAUUCAACCAAUUCAACUCACACAACCCCGCCAACCUCCAAUUCAAUCCAGAAGGGAAAAAAAAUGAUCGCCAAACGCCCCUUGACAUCUCUUCUCGCCCGCGGCGUGCAAACCGCCUCGCGCACUUCCACCCCCGCAUUCGCACCUACCAUCCUCUCGAGCUCGAGAUCGUUCAGCUCGAGAUCUCUUCCGAGGAAGAGCGCAAGAUGGACGCCGGGUCAGAUCCAGGAACAAAAGCCCAGACAGUAUCCUAGUCAGUCAAUUCGAUGGAAGAGCAGCGGCGAGAGUUCUAUGAGACAGUGGGGAUUUGAAGAUAUCAACGCUUCCCUCCCCUCAACCUCCCCCUCGUCGCCCCCCUCCACGCCCCAGAAAGCCCUCAUCCUCGUCGACGUCCGCGAACCCGCCGAGCUAACCGCCACGGGGGUGAUCCCGUCCGCCGUAUGCGUCCCUCUCGCAUCGCAGCCCGACGCGCUAUUCUUGACGCCCGACGAAUUCGAGACGCGGUUCGGGUUCCCGAAGCCCGGGGCGGUCGAGGGCCAGGAGACGGGCGAUAUCGUGUUCUAUUGCAAGGCUGGGGUCAGGGCGAGAGCGGCGGCACAGUUGGCCGUUAAGGCUGGGUAUGAUCCUGAGAGGGUGGGUGUUUAUGAGGGAAGUUGGUUGGAUUGGGCUGGGAAGGGCGGAAGGGCGGAGAAGUGGGAGGGGGAGGAUUAUGAGUAG